CUACGUUACGUAGCUUCUAUGCCACUUAACGAACUAGCUUCUUCCGUCGCCGAGCUUACACGGAGAUGCGUUUCGACCACCGCACUAAAACGGGCGCGUCAGGUCCACGCUCUCAUCCUCACCGCCGGGGCAGCUCACGACUCCCCGUACGCAAGCAACAACCUCAUCUCGAUGUACGCGAGGUGCGACUCUCUAGAACAAGCGCGGAAGGUGUUCGACACAAUGCCUCACAGAAACGUGGUUUCUUACAACGCGCUUUGUUCAGCGUAUUCCCGGAGCCAAAGCCACGCAAGUUACGCUUUUGAUCUGAUAACCCGUAUGGCGUCCGAGUCCUUGAAGCCUAACAGCUCGACUUUCACUAGCUUAGUGCAGGUCUGUACUUUGCUUGAGGAUGUUGUAAUGGGAUCGUUGUUACAUUCUCAGAUCAUAAAGCUUGGAUUUUUAGACAAUGUGGUUGUCCAGACAUCGGUUUUGGGGAUGUACUCCAGCUGCGGGGAGUUAGAAUCUGCGAGGAAAGUCUUUGAGUGUGUAGAGGGUGGAGAUGCGGUGGUUUGGAACACGAUGAUAUCUGGGAGGUUGAGAAAUGGUGAGAUAGAAGAAGGGCUUGCGCUGUUUAGAACCAUGUUGAUGUCUGGUGUUGUUCCAACGCAGUUCACGUAUUCGAUGGUGCUCAAUGCUUGUAGUAAGCUGGGAAGCUAUUCAUUAGGGAAACUAACCCAUGCCCGGAUAAUAGUCUCGGAUGGUUUGGCUGAUUCAGUUGUUGAAAAUGCACUUCUUGACAUGUAUUGCAGUUGUGGGGAUGUGAAGGAAGCGCUCUUUGUGUUUGAGAGGAUUCAUAACCCAAAUUUGGUUGCAUGGAACUCGAUUAUCUCGGGUUGUUCAGAGAAUGGAUUUGGAGAGGAAGCGAUUCUUAUGUAUGGAAGGUUACAGAGGAGGUCCACACCGAGGCCGGAUGAAUAUACUCUCUCUGCUGUUAUAUGUGCGACAGGGCAAACAGAGUGGUUCAUUCAUGGAAAGCUUCUCCAUGGACAGGUAAUGAAACUAGGAUAUGAAAGGAGUGUUUUUGUUGGAACAACGCUCUUGUCUAUGUACUUCAAGAACGGGGAAGCUGAAUCUGCUCAGAAGGUGUUUGACGUGAUUAGAGAGAGGGAUAUUGUUCUGUGGACUGAGAUGAUAGGAGGGCAAUCGAGAGUAGGAAACAGCGAGUGUGCUGUCCAACUCUUCGUUGAAAUGUACAGAGAAAAAAAUAGAACUGAUGGUUUUUCCCUGAGCAGUGUCUUGGGAGCGUGUUCAGAUAUGGCAUCGCUAAGACAAGGUGAAGUGUUCCAUUCCCUUACCGUGAAGACAGGAUUUGAUAGUGUUAUGUCUGUAUGUGGAGCCUUAGUAGACAUGUAUGGGAAAACUGGAAAAUACAGUGCUGCAGAAUCAGUAUUCUCUCUUGUUUCGAAUCCAGAUUUGAAAUGUUGGAACUCAAUGCUAGGAGCUUAUAGUCAGCAUGGAAUGUUAGAAAAGGCUCUGAGUUUCUUUGAACAGAUCCUACGAAACGGUCUCACCCCUGAUGCAGUAACGUACUUAUCUCUAUUAGUAGCCUGCAGCAACAGCGGAUCAACUCAGCAAGGUAAGUUCCUGUGGAACCAAAUGAAGGAGAGAGGCAUCAAAGCCGGAUUUAAGCACUAUUCUUGCAUGGUGAAUUUGGUAUCUAAAGCUGGGUUAGUAGACGAAGCACUGGAACUGAUACAAGAAUCUCAUCCUGUAAACAACAACCAAACAGAGCUCUGGAGAACUCUGUUAAGCGCAUGUGUCAACACAAGAAACUUGCAGAUGGGACUAUACGCAGGUGAGCAGAUCCUGAGACUUGAUCCAGAAGACACUGCAACAUACAUACUACUAUCGAAUCUUUAUGCGGUGAAAGGGAGAUGGGAGGAUGUUGCAGAGAUGAGAAGGAAGAUUAGAGGAUUAGCUUCUGCUAAAGAUCCAGGAUUGAGCUGGAUUGAAGUGAACAAUAACAGUACUCAAGUUUUUUCCUCUGGGGAUCAGUCUAACACAGAAGUAAUACAAGUGCAAGAUGAAUUACAUAGGUUAAAGAGUAAUAUGUUGUGUAGAUCAUCAUCACCAUCCAUUGAUCAAGAUCAAUUUCCUUAUAGAACCUGACUGUUCCCAUUAAAAGUUGUUC